CGGGGCGGGCAGCUCCGCGGCGGCGGGCGGGGAAGCGCGCAGGGAAGCGGCGCCAUGGGCGGCUCGGCCAGUCUGAUCCCGCGGGAGCUGCUGGGCGAGUACCAGGAGCUGACGUUCCUGAGCAAGCAGGAGAUCUUGCUUGCCUACAAGAGGUUCAGUGAACUGCUGCCAAAGGAGGAGAGGGAGAACGCCUGCUCUGCGCGGGUCCCCAAGAGCCAGAUCCUGACGCUGCCUGAGCUGCGGGCAAACCCCUUCCAGCAGCGCAUCUGCCACGUGUUCUCAACCUCAGAGACCGAGGAUGACAGCAUGUCCUUUGAAGACUUCCUUGAUAUGCUGAGUGUCUUCAGUGAUUCUGCCACCUCUGACAUCAAAUCCUACUAUGCCUUCCGCAUCUUUGACUUUGACAACGAUGGGAUUCUGGACAGGAAGGACCUGGAGCAACUGGUGAACUGCCUGACAGGGCAAGGCGAGGGGUCCCGGCUGAGCAGCACAGAGAUGGACCAGCUCAUCCAAAACAUCCUGGAGGAGUCCGACAUCGACAAGGACGGCAGCAUCAACCUCGCCGAGUUCCAGCACGUUGUCUCCCGCUCCCCCGACUUUGCCAGCUCCUUCAAGAUUGUCCUGUGAGCCCCUGGCUGUCCAGCAGCACCCCUCCAGUUCCUGCAGCUCUCUGUGGGCUCAGCCAUUUCCUCUUCCAGGGAGCACAGGCCCAGCUCCUCAGUGGCCCGGCUGUGCUGCAAUGCCUUGGGCAGGAACCCUCCUGCUCCCCUCUCAGGUGCCUGCUUGGCAGUAGGGAGUCCCAGGAAUCUGCCUCUCCUGCGGCCCCUCUGCUGUUUUAGCAUUAGAAUUUGAAUCCUUAUGCAUUCCAAGGGCAGCUCUGCUCCUGCCUGGGGCCACUCUGCACCAGCACAGGCCCUCUCUGCCCUCAGGACCAAUUCCUACCUUGUGCCUUGCAGCAGCAGGCAGGGAGCUGCCUCCCCUGCCAGCCUCUUCCUGCCUCUGCUGUAUUUCUGGGAGCCUGCCUGCUGCCACAUGGAUCCAUUUCUCUGAGCAAUAACUGAACGUGGGUCCUCUGAGCAAUAACCAAAAAGUGGCUCAUUUUCCACAAGCAGUAACCCAAAUGGGGGUGCUUUCUCUGAGCAGUCACCCAGGAGUCACUGUACAGGUGCCACCCCAGAGCAGAGCUGUCCCCCCACGGCUGUGCUCCGAGCCUGCACUCCUCCUCCUCCUCCUCCCUUUCUGUCUUUGCCCUGUUCUGGCUCCAGCACAGCAGCUGCUCUGCUGCCCUGCCUCUUCCUCCCCCAGUCCCUGUGAGGACACAAUUAAAGGGCUCUGGUU